CUAAGGCCAGCAACUCCUGGGUUAAAGGAGUGUUAAUUUUGGCCUGUAUUUAUGCAGAAUUUGGAAUGCCAUCUUGUUUCAUAUUUCUUUAAGCCCUUCACCAAGAAGCAUCACGCCCCCACCUCCACCCAGCCUUGACCAAGCCACAAAGCCAGACCAGCAUUUCACUGUGAGGGAUGAGAACAGAAAGUUAUCCUUCCUGAAAGUGGAAAGUGAAACUGACCAGCCAGUUCCAUCAUUUCAGCUGGUCAGAAAGCAAAGGGUCAGCAUUAGUGGGGGAAAGUAAACACCAUUUCAGCCUUUUUUGGGACUUUGACCGCUGAGUGGCAGAGAGACAAAAGGGAAGAAAUUUUACUCUCAAUUUCUUCAGCUUAGUUACUGUCAAGAGUUGCCUUCAGCCUCUCAGUUCUUGACUUAGUGAAAAUAAAUCACGUUUAUGUGGCCUGCCCCAAACAAAGCCCAUUUGUCCGUCCUCACACCAGUAAAUCCAGACAUCAGUGUCUGUCUAGAUAAGAAUUGAUUCCCAAACCAGGAAACCAAGAAGAGCCUGUGAAAAGGUGAGUUAUUAAUGGCCUCAUGACAAGCCUGCGUUGUGCCAUUUGAACAAAAUUUACAUAGGGAGAGGAAGCACAUUUAUAAGUGUCGGAAAGAGAUGAAGAAAGAGGAAGCCUUUCAGGGGGGCUGUGGUAGCUCCUGCUUCGUUAGCAACACUGGGGUUUCCUGAACGAGGAAACAGGGGCCUGCAGGCCUCCAGACCUGGGUGUCUUGGGGGGAGCACUUUCUCACAGGUGUGGAGAUGGGAUGCAGGUUGGAUAGUGCUCCCUAAGGAUCCUGAUAAACCCUGCCAAGGAAGCUUUCCUGUGCUCUUCUGGUUGCCUGUGCAUGGUAGAUGCAGCCCAAGACGCUGAAUCCAGAAUAGAGAUUCUGGCUGUGACUCAGUCACUGACACUGAGCCUGAGGACGAGAAGGUUGUUUCCUACUCGAAGCAGCAGAGCCUGCCGACGGUGACUUCGCCUGGGAACCUGAUGGUGGUGCAGCCGGACCGCAUUCGCUGUGGGGCAGAAACUACUGUCUACGUUAUUGUGAGAUGUAAGUUGGAUGACAGGGUGGCGACGGAAGCAGAGUUUUCUCCUGAGGAUUCUCCCUCUCUAAGGAUGGAAGCCAAGCUGGAGAAUGAGUACACCGUUUCCGUGAAAGCUCCCACCACUUUUCCCUGGAUGCUUGUUUUUCCUGGGAAUUUUGAUAGCGUCAUCUUCUUCUGUUCAGACCUUUCAUCUGGGAACGUUUCUCUGAAGAUAUAUUCUGGGGACUUAGUGGUGUGUGAAACCGUUAUCAGCUAUUAUACUGACAUGGAAGAAAUUGGGAAUUUAUUGUCCAAUGCUGCGAAUCCUGUAGAAUUCAUGUGUCAGGCCUUUAAAAUUGUGCCCUACAACACAGAGACCCUUGAUAAACUGCUAACCGAAUCCCUGAAGAACAAUAUCCCUGCAAGCGGACUGCACCUCUUUGGAAUCAACCAGCUGGAAGAAGAAGAUAUGAUGACAAAUCAGAGGGAUGAAGAGCUGCCCACCCUGUUGCAUUUUGCUGCGAAGUAUGGACUGAAGAACCUCACUGCCUUGUUGCUCACCUGCCCAGGAGCCCUGCAGGCAUACAGCGUGGCCAACAAGCAUGGCCACUACCCCAACACCAUUGCUGAGAAACAUGGCUUCAGGGACCUGCGGCAGUUCAUCGACGAGUAUGUGGAAACGGUGGACAUGCUCAAGAGUCACAUUAAAGAGGAACUGAUGCAAGGGGAGGAGGCUGACGCUGUGUAUGAGUCCAUGGCCCACCUUUCCACAGACCUGCUCAUGAAAUGCUCGCUCAACCCCGGCUGUGACGAGGAUCUCUAUGAGUCCAUGGCUGCCUUCGUCCCAGCUGCCACUGAAGACCUCUAUGUUGAAAUGCUUCAGGCCAGUACAUCUAACCCAAUCCCUGGAGAUGGUUUCUCUCAGGCCACUAAGGACUCUAUGAUCCGCAAGUUUUUAGAAGGCAACAGCAUGGGAAUGACCAAUCUGGAGAGAGAUCAGUGCCAUCUUGGUCAGGAAGAAGACGUUUAUCACAUGGUGGAUGAUGAUGAUGCCUUUUCCAUGGACCUGGCCAGCAGGCCCCCUGUCCCAGUGCCCAGACCAGAGACCACUGCCCCUGGUGCUCACCAGCUGCCUGACAACGAACCAUACAUUUGUAAAGUUUUUGCAGAAAAAAGUCAAGAGCGGCCUGGGAAUUUCUACGUUUCCUCAGAGAGCCUCAGGAAAGGGCCGCCUGUCAGACCGUGGAGGGACAGGCCUCAGUCGAGUAUAUAUGACCCUUUUGCGGGGAUGAAAACACCAGGCCAGCGCCAGCUUAUCACCCUCCAGGAGCAGGUGAAGCUGGGCAUUGUCAACGUGGAUGAGGCUGUGCUCCACUUCAAAGAGUGGCAGCUCAACCAGAAGAAACGAUCGGAGUCCUUUCGUUUCCAGCAGGAAAAUCUUAAACGGCUAAGAGACAGCAUCACCCGAAGACAGAGAGAGAAGCAAAAAUCAGGAAAGCAGACAGACUUGGAGAUCACGGUCCCAAUUCGGCACUCACAGCACCUGCCUGCGAAAGUGGAGUUUGGAGUCUAUGAGAGUGGCCCCAGGAAAAGUGUCAUUCCCCCCAGGACGGAGCUGAGACGGGGAGACUGGAAAACAGACAGCACCUCCAGCACAGCAAGUAGCACGAGUAACCGCUCCAGCACCCGGAGCCUCCUCAGUGUGAGCAGCGGGAUGGAAGGGGACAAUGAGGAUAAUGAAGUCCCUGAGGUUACCAGAAGCCGCAGUCCAGGUCCCCCACAAGUGGAUGGGACACCCACCAUGUCCCUUGAGAGACCCCCCAGGGUGCCUCCGAGGGCUGCCUCACAGAGGCCUCCGACCAGGGAGACCUUCCAUCCUCCUCCACCUGUUCCACCCAGAGGACGCUGAUUCCACCUCCUAAAACCUGCCUACUUCAGGACUUUUAAGAUUCACAGUCUUCAGUCUGUUAAUGAUGUCUUCAUGUUGAGUUUUACGGCAUGACUGUUGACCUUAAGAUCAGUCUCUUUGCUGACAAUAUUGCAGCCCUGCUGGUUUGGGCUUGCCUCGAAGACUUUGUUAAGGCAUGAAGAAGUGAAAAACUAAGGGCUUUAUUCACCGUCACCAAGUAUAUUAAACCAUAUACUUAAAAAGGAUGAAGACUUAAUUGAAAUACUUACCUCUAAUUUGCUAUAUCAGAAGCCUAAAAAGAAUGAUCAUAAAUGUACUUCACCAGUGAUUUUACUGAAAUGCACUUAUAUUAGUCUUUAUGUAUUUGCUAGUUCAGCCUCAUUUCUAGAAGAGGUUAUAAUGUAAGAUUUGUAGUAUUCAAGUAAGAAGAUAAGUGACUAAUUUUAAAAUAAUUCUUCUACUUUUCUGUAUAUUCAGCAGGGUAUUUAAGUGCUAGGGCUGGUCACACACAACAGAUUGAAAAAGACUAGACAGUGAUUAGUACAAACUCCUCUUAUACAGAAGGCAAAUCUGAGGUUCCACAGAAGUCUGGAACCAAGACUACUCAGUUGGUUAAAUAGUUAGUUAGUCUACACUGGGCCUGCUCGUUCUAGGUCACCACAUUUUCCAUCUCCAAAUAGCCAGCUCCUCUCUCCCUCAAGAAAUGCCCAGAUGUAGAAAUUCAUCAGUGCCUACUGGUCUUGCAGAAUUUUCCAUCUUCCGUAUCUCCCAGGGAUAAGACUACCAAAUUUGUUUGUUCAUUUUCUUUUCAAUUUGGGAAUUUAUACUUCAGUAUGGUUUCAACACAGUUAUGUUUCCAGAGAACAUCUAGAAGUGGUUGGAAACCAGAAGCUGGGGAUUCCCAGGACCCCACUUAGUGCUCUGUUUCCUUUAUAGGUUUUAGUUCUGGUCAUAAAGAGAGAGAGGAGGACCUCUGACUUUUUCUUUGUUGAGGGUUCUGAGGAAGAAAAACAAACCUAAAAUAGAAAUACAGUCAGCCUUUCAAAUCCAUGGGUUCUGUGUCCGUGGAUUCAACCAACCUUGGAUCAAAAAUAUUUGAAAAACAAUCUACAAAGUUUCAAAAAGCAAAACUUGAAUUUGCUGCAUGCCAAGAACUAUGUUGAAUUCAUGUAAAUGAAGUGAUGUGUAGGCAUUGUAUUAGAUAUUAUAAGAAAUCUGGAAAUGAUUUAAAGCAUACAGGAGGAUGUGUGUAGGUUAUAUGCAAAUACUCUGCCAUUUUAUAUACGGGACUUGAGCAUUUUGGAUUUUGAUAUUGGGGGAUCCUGGAACCAAUCUCCAUGGAUACCAAAGUACGACUAUAGUUAUCUAUUUUUUACAUACUUAUUAUUACCAUCAUGCUUGGUAAAUCCAUUUUUGCAUAGAAUGUGGAGCCUUAACAUAUGUCAUGAAUUUGGAUUCCCUGGCACAUACAUCUACCUUCAAAUCAGAGGUCCUUAAUGAUGCCUAAACAUACAGUAAAAUUAGAAUCAGAAGUAUUCCUUUAAAAAAUAUUCAAAAAUGUGUUUGUUUCCCAUGGGAUUAUUCUCUAUCUCACACAAAAUUUAAAAAUCCACAUUAAUGAUCCAUUUAAGUGCAGUUUUAUUGGGUCAUUUUCUAAUGAUUAAAGGUUUUUUCUCAAUUUCAUUCCUCAGUCCUGCAAAUAAGGACUCUUACUGAAGAGUACUGAAACAAGGACUCUUAACAGCUUCUGGAGUCUUGGGUUUUGUUUUUGUUUUUUGACAUAAAAUACACUAUUGGCCAUGUCCAUCACGAGAGUGUUUGUAGUAAUUAAUUACCUUGCACAGGGCCUGGCACUUAGUAGCAUGCUGCAAAUGUUCCCUCAGUGGUCCUUUUACUCUCCUUGUCACUUAUUUUGGAAAACAGAGGCACGUGAGAUAAGAAGAAGAAGAAUUUCGAUGUUGGUAUGCUUGCCCUUACUGUUACUUAUAGACAGUCUCCAUCAUAGGCAAACUUGAAUUUGAUUAAGUGACAUUUUAAAAAUAGGGCUGGGAAAAAUAUUCAGUAACUGUAAGCCCCCUUUUGGAUGCCAAAUUUAGAAUUUUGUACAUUCUCUUAUGAACAAGCAUUUAGAUCAUAACAUGGUAAAGCCUAUUACCAGCCAAUGUUGUUAGCAUCUUUGUAUGCACAUCACUGUUUGUGCAAUAUAUGAGUAUUUUGGUGCAUUGUAUUCUUAUAUAAAAAUAAGUAGAAAACAUAAAAUUGAAAUUGCUGAUGAGAA